GCAGCAGGACUCUGCCCGUUGCUUCCAGCCUGUUCCUGCUCAAAGGGCAGAUGCUGUCCCUGCUGAGCAGGGCGGGUACCACUGGGAUAUAGGGAUGGGGUCUCCUGUGGGGUUGGCAGAACUGAACACUGCCAUUGCCUGGGCUGAAGCUUUCUCCCUGCCAGGCUCAGUUCCGUGCCAGCAUGGAUUAUGCCAAGUCCUUGAGCCUGCGCCUGGCUGCGCCUGUUUCCAAAUGUGUCUCUGCCAGUGCCUCCAUGACCCAGCAGCUGCUCCUCUCCAGCCCGGCCCCACGGCCCCGACCCUUCCGUGUCUGCAACUGCGACCGCAGCCUGCGCAAAGGCAUCAUGGCACACAACCUGGCCGAGCUGCUGCACCAGGUCCGGAGCACCCUGCUGGUCCCUGACCCCAUCACGCUGGUCCUGGAUGAGGAUGGCACUGUGGUGGAAACAGAAGCUUUCUUCUGCACGCUGGAGGAGGGCACAGUGCUGAUGGCCCUGGGCAAGGGGCAGUCGUGGUCUGCCUGCAAGGCACCUGGCUACCAGCUGAGCCUGUCCCACAAGCCAUCCCGCCGCAUCGAUGUCGCCUGUGUCACUUUUGACCUGUACAAGACCAAUCCCCAGGACCUGGGCUGCCUCAACGUCAAAGCCACGCUCUAUGGCACCUACAGCAUGUCCUACGACCUGCGCUGCUACGGGGCCAAGAGGCUCAUGAAGGAAGCGCUGCGCUGGAUGCUCUUCAGCAUGCAGGCCACGGGGCACGUGCUGCUGGGCACCUCCUGCUACAUGCAGCAGUUGCUGGAUGCCACCGAGGAGCCCAAGGAAGAGAGCUGUGUGCAGCUGCCCCACGUCCUGCCCCACAGCCUCCCCCUGCUGCCCCCCAGCAAGAUGCUGCAGUGAGGAGAUGGGGCAUGUCCUUUCCUGGGUGUCCCAGAGCCCCUCCCUAGGUCAGUACCCAGAGCUCUCCCUGCAUGUUGCUGGCUGGAUGCAGCCUCCUCUUUUCUGUGAUGCCUGCUGCUUUGUAAAUAUAUUUAUUUAAGUAAAGCUGUGCUUCUUGCAAUGCU